GAUUAAACAGUACGUUUUCUUCAGUCUUCCUGGCUUAUAGCAGUAAGAGAAGGAAACGAAAAACAAAGCGCUUUGGAAAAUUGAUCGCACUACGCAAGAUGAAGCAGUUAUUCCACCACCCUCUUCAUCAGGACGUUGGGUCUGUGGCGGUGGCACCCCUUUCCAGGGCCUGUGUUCCUCCCGUCGGCCUGGGGGCGCCCGCUCACAGGGCCUCUCUAUCCCAGAGCUCGUCUCUAUGGUUUUGCCUUCCCGGACCGUGAAGGCGGGAGGGAGUGGUCAGCACCCUUUUCCGCUAGUCGCCCCCCUCUAGCCCACAGUCUCGCUGCCCUGAGUCUCCCGUGCCGGCCGGCCGGCCGGGAGGACUAGCGGGCUCGUGGGGGGCCCGAGGUGGGCGGGGGGAGUUCCGGUUCCGGUUCUUUGUGCAGCUGCAGCAGCGGCUCCGGGGAAGAUGGCGGCCCGGGCGGGUUUCCAGUCUGUGGCUCCGAGCGGCGGCGCCGGAGCCUCAGGAGGGGCGGGAGCGGCGGCUGCCUUGGGCCCGGGCGGGACUCCGGGGCCUCCCGUGCGAAUGGGCCCGGCGCCGGGUCAAGGGCUGUACCGCUCCCCGAUGCCCGGAGCGGCCUAUCCGAGACCAGGUAUGCUGCCAGGCAGCCGAAUGACACCUCAGGGACCUUCCAUGGGACCCCCUGGCUACGGGGGGAACCCUUCAGUCCGACCUGGCCUGGCCCAGUCAGGGAUGGACCAGUCCCGCAAGAGACCUGCGCCUCAGCAGAUCCAGCAGGUCCAGCAGCAGGCGGUCCAAAAUCGAAACCACAAUGCAAAGAAAAAGAAGAUGGCUGACAAAAUUCUACCUCAAAGGAUUCGUGAACUGGUACCAGAAUCCCAGGCCUAUAUGGAUCUCUUGGCUUUUGAAAGGAAACUGGACCAGACUAUUAUGAGGAAACGGCUCGAUAUCCAGGAGGCCUUGAAACGACCCAUCAAGCAAAAACGGAAGCUGCGAAUUUUCAUUUCUAACACUUUCAAUCCGGCUAAGUCAGAUGCCGAGGAUGGGGAAGGGACGGUGGCUUCCUGGGAGCUUCGGGUAGAAGGACGGCUCCUGGAGGAUUCAGCCUUGUCCAAAUAUGAUGCCACCAAGCAAAAGAGGAAGUUCUCUUCCUUUUUUAAGUCCUUGGUGAUCGAGCUGGACAAAGACCUGUAUGGGCCAGACAACCAUCUGGUGGAAUGGCACAGGACCGCCACUACCCAGGAGACAGAUGGCUUCCAGGUGAAACGGCCAGGAGACGUGAAUGUACGCUGUACUGUCCUACUGAUGCUGGAUUACCAGCCUCCGCAGUUUAAAUUAGACCCUCGGCUGGCUCGCCUCUUGGGCAUUCACACCCAGACCCGCCCAGUGAUCAUUCAAGCCCUGUGGCAAUAUAUUAAGACCCACAAGCUCCAGGACCCUCACGAACGGGAGUUUGUCACCUGUGACAAGUACCUCCAGCAGAUCUUUGAGUCUCAACGUAUGAAGUUUUCAGAGAUCCCCCAGCGGCUCCACGCCUUGCUUAUGCCACCAGAGCCCAUCAUCAUUAAUCAUGUCAUCAGUGUUGAUCCGAAUGAUCAGAAAAAGACGGCUUGUUACGACAUUGAUGUGGAAGUGGAUGAUACUUUGAAGACCCAGAUGAAUUCUUUUCUGCUGUCUACUGCCAGCCAGCAGGAGAUUGCUACUCUGGACAACAAGAUCCACGAGACAAUAGAAACUAUCAAUCAGUUGAAGACCCAGCGGGAGUUCAUGCUGAGCUUUGCCAGAGACCCUCAGGGUUUCAUUAACGACUGGCUGCAGUCCCAAUGCCGGGACCUCAAGACCAUGACCGACGUGGUGGGUAACCCAGAGGAAGAGCGCCGAGCUGAGUUCUACUUCCAGCCUUGGGCCCAGGAGGCCGUGUGCCGAUACUUCUACUCCAAGGUGCAGCAGAGACGACAAGAAUUAGAGCAAGCCCUGGGGAUCCGAAAUACAUAGGGCCUCUCCCACGGCCCUGAUUUGGUUGCACCGAUUCUUUAUUUGAGCCCUGUGCUGCCUGCCUCAUAGCACCUGCCUUGGUUUUGCUUGGGGCCUUCCAGGGGAUGCUGUUGGUUCAAGGACAACACCAGAAGGAAGAGGGUCUCACAUUUCUGUCUCACAAGACACCUAUUACCCUCUUCUCCCACCCCAUCCCUUCCCACCCUCCAGCUUCACUUUGCCCCACAAAGUUCCCAUGUGCCUCUACCCUCCCCUGGUCUCCAUAGGACCUCUAGAUAGUAUUAGAGAGAGAACCUGUAGUGGUAAUCAGUGCAUUGAAUGGAUUGGGCCUCAGGCCACGUGGUCUUCACGGGGACCAGCUACACUGAUCCUGCCCCUCAGAGAUGCAGGAGUUGGGAGCUUCAGUCCCUUCUCCGAGACUCAGGCGUGGGGCACUCUAUAAGCUAGUUGAUCUUGGCUUUCCUGGUAACAGAAUCCGAUUUCCUUCCUUCCCUCCACAGGUUUGGAACAAACUGUCCCUUCACAGGUUGCCCUCUAGCACUAAAGGGACCCUGGCUCCACAGGGCCCCAGGCCAGUCCGCCGCUCUCGGGUUGGCCGCCUUCUCAGUGCUUCUCUUCCUCCCUCAUAGGGGGUCCACGUCAGUAUUGGAGUUUGUUCUUUAACGAUUGCUCCCUCCCAUCACACUCCCUAUAGCUGCUCCUUUGAGGAUUCCCUCCUCUCCUAACCCAGGGCAUUUGGGUUGGGGGAGUCUUGCCUUUCCCUGUCAGAGCCCCAGAAUCUAACCUGGGGUACUGUCAUUGCCAGCCUUCCGGCUGUUGUUUGGAAGUGUGACUCAUUCGUUCACUCCACCCUGCUUCCCUCAUCCCUUCUUGGAGAAACAGGCCUAAAAUCAAACGGGUAAAAGCCCUGGGCCGUCCCCAUCUUCCUGUCCCUUGUCUGCCCGGUUGACACCCACUGGUGACUCUUGGGCACUGAGGAGUGAAAGCGCCUAGGGCUGGAGAAGAGCUCUGAGCUGGCUUGUGACUCCGCCCCUCCCUGCCUCAGGGGAUUCCCUCCCCAGCCCCUGCCCUCGAAGCUUCAGAGCCCUCAGGUAGCAGCAGGACUUUGUGAUCGGGGCCCUUGGAACUGAGAUGGUUUUCCAUCUUUCCAGGAGAGCCGCCGAUUCUUCCAGGUUGUAGCACCCCGACUUAGCAUAUCCCAGGCUCGCAGACUCAACAGCAGGGUGGGAGACAGCUGGGCGCAGAAGGGGAAUUCCGUUCAGCAAGGGCUCUACACCCACAGAACUGACAAAGCCCCUGCUUCCCCACCCCCUCCUCAGGCUCCUGCGAGCACGACCCCUGUCCCUGCCUGUCCCACACUGGGGACGGCAGAAUUGGCUCCCCAUCUUCCUCUUCCUGCCAUUGUCCUACCCGUCCCUUGAAAGCUUCUUCCCCAUAGUGAUACUGGACAGCCUCUGUCCUGGGAGCUGGAACCAUGAGAAGGAAGCUCAGACUCCUAACAGUGUCUCUGUUGAAGAUAACUUUUUAUUAGCUGAAUUAUUGUUUUUUUUCAUGGACCAAAAUUUUUUUUGUACUGUCCCCUUAUCGAUGUCACCCAGUUUUAAUAAAAGAAUCUUCUGAA